AUGCUGACGGAGCUCUGUCAGGGAAUGAAAGACGCGGGAUAUGCUGGCUGUACAAUUCACGCGGUUCGAUCGAAGAUCGAUAGUUUGAGGAGGGAGGCACGAAGAGAACGGGUCGGAGAUCGUCGUCACUCGCAAGCGUUUGAAAAGUAUCAAGAGUCCCUGGUGGCAAUUUUUGCCAACGAAGAUCAGCAUGAAGACAUCAGCGCCAUAGAGACGUCGGAAGGACGUAAUACCCCAAGUAAGGAAUCGAUAAUCCAAAGCGGAUCAAGGAACGCCCCGAUUAUCGUUGCUGGUGAAAACGACGACCAUGAAGACAGCGAAGAAAUUCACACCGGAACCGUGAUGUUGGCAUCGAAUUACACACUUGAAGUGGCCGAGAUACGUCGACGCUUUGAGUUGAAUAGCAACCUUGUCAAUCGAACAACUCCGUCGACAAACGAGCACAAGGAGUUAAAUAAGAGGAAGCGACGCAAGAUGGAUCAAACUGAGGUUGCGCCGACGCGCCGUGUAGCCCUGGAGUUGGCACCUGAGGACUUACAAGCAGAGUUCGCCAGCUACUCCAUCGGUGCUGGAGAUUCAAAUUCGCGCUUAGCUGCACUUCAAGAGCGGUAUGAUGAAGAGUACGAUGCAGCACUUGCCGAGUACGAAGCUGCCAUGCACAAGCUAGAAGUUCAGAGAGCGAAAAAAACUUAUCAGGACGCUUUGAGCAGUGUCAUCGCGUUGGAGGAAAAAGCUCUUGAGCGUGAGCCCAAAUACGCCACAAUUGUUCGCGAGAUCGAGAACAGCGUAGCUCCGAAGCGUCUAGUAGUGCGUGGCAUCUCGCAGUUGGCUUGCUGCGCACUAUUGCGAGCAAUGCGCAACAACUUGAACGUGAUUUCGUUGGAUUUGUCCAACAACGCGCUCACUGAUGUCGUCGGUUUGGCAAUUGGAAAUAUGUUGACCGUCAACAAGAAGCUUCAGGUGCUGGAUCUAGGCUUCAACCACCUCACCAACGUCUCGCUACAGCCUAUCGGGGAGGCAUUUCGUACCAAUACCGUCUUGACGUCGCUGAUCCUCAACUCGAACCCUGCAUUUCAACUAUCGAAGGAGUCGACGAGCACUGGGAACAAUAGUUCUAACGCCAAGCCUGGAUCUCCCACCAAAGUGCCUCCUCACUUAGCAGCGGCAUUUGUUUAUGUGGAGUCCUUUACUGCAGCUCUAGCCGUGAACAACUCUCUAACUUCUCUGGAUCUGUUCAACACGGGUAUUUCCCAUGAAGGAGGACAUGCACUGGCCCAUGCGAUGCUAAAGAAUUGCAGCUUGAUCUCCCUAGAGACAGGAAAUGAUACGUUGAACCAGUCGGAUCUCGCAAGCAUUGCAUCGUCUUUAAAAAAGAACCAAGCUCGAUUUUUCGAGGCGGAAGCCAACAGCGAGCAACUUCUUGCGGACAUGAAAGAACAAGCGCAAAAACUUCUGAUUGACAAGGUCAAAGAGGCGAAGCGAGUAACCGAUGCUGAAUGGCAUGACGGAAAUGCUCGUAAACGAGCUGAGAUCCGUCAAGCAGAGGAGUGGGAACGCGCCAAACGCGAGGCUGACGCAGAGGUACAACAUUUGCUCAACAUGGAAGCUGAAAAUAAGAAAUACUUGGAGCGCCUUGAGGCAGAGAAGAAUCCUGCCAAGGGUAAAGGCAAAAAGGAGUAGAGGAAGGCUAGUGUCCAAUAUUCCAAGUGUUUAUUCGAGUAAGUUUUUCCUUACGCAUAUGAAUCACAUUCAUCUUUACGGAAACUCGUAAUUACGGCGAAUACACACUUUUUUUUU